UUCCUUAUUUAGGUUUAGUCAUUUAUCAAAGCAUGGCGACCUUGUGUUUCCCCAUCGCUAUUCUACUAACUCUUCUCCAUCAAGCAGAGCCCAGUGCUGAGACCUCUGUGUUUGUGCUGAAGAGACAGGAUGUUCGCCUGAAUGUCCAGACAAAUGUUACACUGAAAGAUGAUGUCGAUGUGCUAUUUUGGAAGUUUAACACAUCAGUCAAUGUUGUAAAGUUCCCCCCAAAAGUUACCUUUAAUAGGUACCAAGGUAGGGCUGAAUUGAUUGUGGAAGACUUCUCUCUGCUACUGAAGAACCUACAGGAAGGAGACAGUGGACUUUAUGAAGCAGUAGUGAGUGGUAACAAUGACAGAAACAUUGCUAAAUACUUGAUAAAAGUCCAAGAGAGAGUUGAGCCUCCAGUCCUGACAGUGAACUCUGUCUCCUCCAUCAAUGGCACCUGUAACAUGACUGUGGCCUGCAGAGGUCAGAACACCUCUGUCAACUCCAGCUGUAACAGCAGCACCUGCUCUCAGGUGGGAAGAGAGAGCAGAGGGGCUGAGACCUCCACUGUCCCCCUGCUCUCUGUCUAUGUGGCAGGGGGUUCCAUCAUCUGUAACCACAGCAACCAAGUCAGCUGGGCCAACGACACCAAGGAGAUCAAAACAAUUUGUCAUGAAAAAGAGGGGGACAAAGAGGACCAUAACUACGCUGUCACAGUCGGGAUGCCAGGUCCCAUCAUCCACGUCAUCAUCAUCUUUGUUGGAUGCGCCUUGAUUGGUUGUUGAAAGCUAAAUAAAGACUCCAGGUAACAGUCAUGUAGGUGGUGUGGAGCAGGAAUCUCCAGGUCCAGCAUCACCCUCCAUCUACAGUAUGGUGGGACGACCCCAACUCCAGCCUAUGAACCAUUCCACCAUGAUGGGAGACCAGUCUCCACCUGAGGACUUCCCCAUGACCUCCAUGACCAUGCCUGAGAGUUUAAAUGCUACUGUAUGGUGGGGAAAAAUAGAAGCAAACAGUAAUCAGGAAUUUUAACAUCAUCUUAGACCAGGAUUCUAUCACAUAGCUUUUUGUCAGCUAUACACCUUUGAAGGCAAUGUUCCCGCGUUCACUGAGAAAACAUUCAAUUCAGUUCAGUCGGGAAAGUAUGUUUAAAUGUACAUAGCUGACAAACCAUGAUCAAAUUGAAUUUUGGCCUAAGACCGCGGAAUAUCCGUGCUGUAGUGUGAUUGAAAUUUAAAGGCAAUGUACCUGCUUGUGUGGGGACUGCAUCGGUAAACUCUGCAUAUGUCGGCUCAAUCGGAAAUUACCUUUACAUUUCUAUCGUGCUACAAUUCGGAUAUUCUUCCAAACAACGAUCAACUACAGAUGAAGGAUCUUAAUUUGACCACACUGUUGUUGCAGGAAAUGCAAACUUGUAGUGUAUUCAAGGUUUAAAAAUGCUUCUAAAGUUUGGAAUUUACACUUUCAAAUUUCAAACUUGAUUUGCCAAUACAAAAAAUCUAAAACCUCCACAAACAUUUUCAUUCAUUAUAUCCCCAUAAUCCUGAUGCUUCAGGAUAUUUUCCUGCUGUGAGAAACUGGUCAAAUUAAGAUCCUACAUCUGUAAGCACAGCUGUCUUUGAAAAUGUUAAAUAUAUUAUUUUUUUCCUUUUAACAUUUUUGAACCAUCAUGACAGUAGUAUGCUGUACAAGUACAGAAAAAUAAGUGAACAUUUCAAAUAAUUUAUCAUAGUGGGUA